ACGUUCAAACAAAAUUACAUGGUUUAGUAGACACGCUACUUGGAUGCCUAAAAGAUAUUAAAAAUCCUCCAGUUUUACAAAAUUCUCUAAAUUUUGAUUCCACUAUAAUUAAAAAUGAACUUGGAAAAUUGGGCUUGAUUUUAGCUAACGAUGCUGCAAAGAUGACUCUUGCUUGUAAACCUCCUUGUACUCCUUCAGCGGCAAUACCUACAAUCAAUGCGAUAAGCGAAACUUUAUUUCGUAUUUAUGGUCACGUUUCAUCCGUGCCACUAUCUGCAGGAAAAACUUUCACUAAUGAAAUAAAAUCCACAACUGGUGAUAUUAUUUAUGCUUCGGCUGCUUUGGCAAAUUCAUUUCUAGAUUCUCCUAUAGAUAUGAAUGCAACAAAUUAUGGUCAUCUUAUGUCAACCGGAAUUCUGUGGAAUGCUUGUGAUUUAUUUCAGCAAUUACCUUCAAACAAUUCGACUGCUGUAUCAAAAAAAUGGAAAGAAAUUUUGGCCUUGAUAGAAGACGCUAUUUGUGAAAUUGUUGAUCUAAUUUCUGAAAAUAAUCAGAAUGAAAAUGAUGUUAUUAAUGAUGGAUGGGAUGAAGUUCUUGGUGAAUCAACAGCUGCAAAUUCAUCUCUUUCUACAACUGAGAAAGAGAUGGGAUCUUUAUGUUUGGAUUUAAUAAAACUUGUCCAAUUACUUUUUAAGAAAACUCUUCAACGGUGUAUUGAUCCUUUAAAUACUUCAAAUAAGUUGGAUAACAAAAAUAUCGAUAAUUCCCAACAAGACAACAUAAAUGAAACAUUAGAUCGAUUUGUAGAAUUAGGUAAUUCAAUCAUUAAUUGCACUGAUGAAUUAGGUACCAGCCUAUAUUCACCACAUAAUGUGGAAAUGAUCGUAUCCCAUGCUAAUGAUCUUAAAUCAAAUUCCCAAGAAUUAAUUGGAUUAGCUAUGCUUUUGACAACUGUAAGUCACAAGGAAUGGUUUGUUCUUUGUGAUGGCCAAUUUACAAAGAAAUUACAAUUAAUUAUAGAUAAGAGUGGAUUAUGA